AUGAAUGGAGGAGGAUUUCCAUCGAAUUUGCCAAUUCUGGAUGGGAAGAAUUGGGAGAGGUGGUCUGCAUCAAUGAAAUUGUUGCUGGGAGCUCAAGAAGCAUUUGAGAUUGUUCAAGAUAGCUAUGAAAAACUUGGUGCGAAUCCAACAGAAAGACAACAAACAACUUUCAAAGAUUGCAAGGCAUUGUUCUACAUCCAACAAAGUAUGAAUUCAAACAAUUUUGAAAUGAUCUCAAAGGUAUCAACAUCAAAAGAGGCAUGGGAUAUCUUGGUGAAGUAUUACAUGGGUGAUGAAAAAACCAAGAAAAUCAAGCUUCAAAUGCUAAGAAGAAAGUAUGAAUUACUGCAAAUGGAGGACAAUGAGAAUGUGAAUGACUAUUUCAAUCGAGUGCAGACAAUCACUAAUCAGAUGAAAACCAAUGGAGAAGUGAUGACUGAGGUUGUGAUCAUUGGAAAUAUUUUGAGGACACUAACACAAAGAUACGAUCACAUAGUGGUGGCUAUUGAAGAAACAAAUAACCUUAAUACAAUGAAGUUGGAAGAUCUGCAAAGCUCCAUAGAAGCUCAUGAAUUAAGGGUAAAAGAAAGAGAUGAGGCACACACACAAACACGGGCACUGCAAGCUCAUAUCAGCAAGAAGUCCAAUCAAGAUGGAGUAAAAAACAAGAAGUGUAAGGGCAAGUCAAGAUGGCACCAGAAACAUGAUCAAGAUAAGGAAGGUGGAGGUUCAAGAAGUCAACAAAAUAGUGAUAAUAAAAGCAAGAAACCAUCUGGCAAGAAGUUUAACAAAAGGAGGGUUCAAUGUUAUAAUUGUCAAAAAUAUGGGCAUUUUGCAGAUGAAUGCAGAUCCAAUAAAGUACAAAGAGAUGAUGGUGAAGCUCAAUUGGCCCAGGUAGACAGUUCUGACUUAGAUGAAGUGUUACUGAUGGCUUCUACAAGCAUGGAGGAUGACUGUCCAGGAUUGCACUACCUUGACACAGGGUGCUGGAAUCACCUGACUGGCCAUAAAGAUUGGUUUGUAAGUAUUGAUGAGAAGGUGAAAAGGAAAAUCAGAUUUGCAGACAACAGUACAGUAACAGCUGAAGGAGUUGACACGAUAUUGAUUCAAAGAAAGGAUGACAAACAAUUUCAUAUGUGA